AGGACGAAAAAUGAAAACAUUUUGAAUGAAGAGAAGAGAAAAUAUUUUUUGACAACUAUUAUGAAUAUUAUUAUCGAAAUAAUCGAAAAGAUCUAUAAAUAAUAAUAAUACGAUAAGAACAUUGGGAAUAUGUGAAUAAAUAUCAACAUGUUAUAAUGUAAUCUUCCAAAAUUACUGAUAUAUUGGUACAAACAAGGUACAAAUCCAUAAAUUCUAUCUACAAUAAAAAUGGCAACACAAGAAAAGCUUCAAAAAUCCUUGGAAGCUCUGAAAAACUUAGCAAAAUCCAACCACCAUCCUUCAGAAGUUCCAAAGAAAAAAGAAAAGAUUCAAUAUUGCUAUUUCAUAACAGAAGCUAUUUCCAACCCAACAAUCAGAAUUCCCAACAAUUACCAUACACUAUUGGGUAGCUGUAUUGAAAUAUUUCUUUUACUUUGUGAUGACCAAGAUGCAGACAUUCGAAUGACUAGUGAGGAAUGUUUGAACAGGAUAAUCAGGGCUGCUGAUGGGCACAUAGGUAAAAUACAAAUAGAGCUACACAAAGAGAUAAAGAAAAAUGGAGCUGCCCGUUCCCUCAGAGCAGCUCUUUGGCUUUUUUCUGUACUUGCACAUCACAUCAGACCCCACAAAGGCAAACCCUAUGCUGUAAAUGUGUUUCAAAAUUUAGUGAAGAUAUCAGAACGUACUGAAGAAUCUAUUCAUGAAACUCUGGCUGCUGCUUUACCAAGAAUCAUGAAAGUCCUUGGUUGUUUCACAACAGAAAAUGAAAUGAAGGUGCUCCUUAAAGCUUUCUUGAACAAUGUCACAAAUGAAUCAGCUGUUAUGAGAAGGACUAAUACAAGUUGUAUUUUAACAAUAUGUGAACACUGCAAAAAGCCAAAUGUUUUCACUAUGUAUUGCUUCAACUACCUGCUAGAUUUAUUGAUACCUGUACAUAAUGAACUUCCAACUUCACUAAUAUUGGGUGUCAUGUCAUGCAUAAAAGGCUCUCUACCAAAUAUUUCAAACUCCAACAAUGAAUGGAAUGAAAAAUCCAAAGACAACCUUAUAGAAAAGCUGUUGCAGAUUUUCGAGCUAUGUGUAUUUUUUUUGGAUCAUAGAGAUCAUAAUAUCAUCAAUGUUUGUCUUGAAACUCUAAAUGUUCUCUUAAUGAGUUCAGUUGAUUUGAAACAGAUAUUGCUGAAUGAAAAAGGAAUCAGCAGGAACAGAAUUUUUUCUUUGACAUCUUCAGUGAAUAAUAGAUCUCCAAGUCAACUAAGUCUUACAACAAGUUUAACAACUGAAGAUAAUCUAUUCUCAGAAUCAGAACUGACAGAAACUAUACAUUCAGAUAUAGAAAAGUGGAUAGAUGAAUCUAAAUUAUCUGUGAUGAACAUAACUUUUGGUAAAACAAAGGAAAAAUCUCAAUCCUUGGAAAAAUUGCACACUAUCUCUUCAGAAGUGGAGGAAAAUCUUGAUACAUCUGAUUAUGGAAAAAUGAAUGAACUGAACAAGGAGCAUUUUUUCAGUACACUGAAAACUCAUAGCAUAGAAAACACUUUAGAUAUACUGAGCAGUAGUGAUAACUCAUCUGAAACAAGUACAGUUGAUGACAAAAUCCUGAACUUGGAGGAAGAAAUGCUAGAUAUUGAUAUUGGAAAUAUUUUAGAAGAAAAACCUCUCAUACACUGCAUUAGAAAAAUAUCUAAAUUAUUCCUUCUCAGUGGAACACCUGGUACCUACAUUUCUGACAAAACCACAAGAGUUUCUGUGAAAUUUUUAGCAUUAUCCUGUCUCACUACAAUGUUCAAACUAUAUCCUUCAGGCAUUUUCAUACAUCUAGACAAAAACUUUGUUUGUCCUCAAAUAACAAGUAAAAGAAUUAGCAGUCAGAAAAUCUCUGAUAUAUUUCUGUUUAAAAACCAUUCAGAUCCUCAAUUGAGAGGAGCUUUGAGAACUUUGGUGGGCAUUUUUUCAGAGAGUGUUUCACGUUUAUGUCAAGGUAAUUAUGAUCAUUGGAUAAGUACAAAUGGCAGUAUAGAACAAGCUAAAAUGAUGCAGACUGAAGAGAUAAUAACAAUUUUCAUAGAGGGUCUUAAUGAUGAUUCAUCCACUUGCAUCCGACAGACAUUGAUAAGUUUGGACACUAGCCUCAAAUAUUUGAUAGAAUUUCAGUCCAAUAGUAAAAUGAUGUCUCUGUUGAAUGUUUUACCAGUGCUUUCUCAAAAUCCAUAUUGGCUGGUCAAGUGUGCAUUGUGUGAUUUAGUCUCUAAAAUAGAUUUUAUUAGCUUGCAAUCUGUGAUGAAAAAUUGCCAAUUUCAAGAUAGAGUGCUUUGGAAUGUUUUAUUUGCACUUUUGGAUGAAAAUGAUCAAAGAGUGAGAAUGUCCACUGCUACAGCCAUAGUUGAGAUAAUUCCUCGACUAUAUUAUGAAGAAUACUUUAUGAACGAAAACACCACGACUUCAAAGGCUAUUUUGGAGACUAGUGGCCUAACAAAAUGUCUCAUGGACACAGAAAUAGAGACUUGCAUAAAUAAAAAGCACUUUGUGCAACAAAUGCCCUUCCCCUUAGAUCGGAUAUCUGGAAGACCUUGUGAUAGGAUCGAAUUUUCUCUAUCGAAAAUCUUAACUAGGAUACAAAAUUUACUGUUAACGACCACCUCAAAACAUCUAAUGAGUGGCUGCAUAGAGACUCUAUCUCUACUUUCGAAAAAAUAUCCCUGCACAGUCUACAAGAAAGGUUGGGGUACCAGUAUCACUCCGAAUUGUGGUGAUACAAAAAUUCCGGAUCUAUUGAAGUUCUCUCUGGGUUUACUAACUAGCACUGUUCACGUCUAUGGACUACAAACACACAUAGACAUCCUCAAUUUAACCACCAAUCUCUAUGCAGGACAUGCUCUGUCGCAACUGAAACCCUUAUCGGCCUCCGAAACAGACCUUCCAGCCUGGAGCAUGUUCGGCAACUCGCCCUUGCGAGACGUGUCCGAAUCCCUCCUGAACCACUCCAUCAAGAUGCUGAGCAUCUUCCACCACGUUUUGAACGAUCUGGUGCCGGCCCAUCCUCAGGCAAAAGCGGUGUUGCCCAGUCUGCCGGCGCCGAGCGCUUUGUCGCCUUUGAAGCGCAGGAAGAGCGAUCUGGACAAGAAGGCGAUUGGAGGAUUGAAAAUGGAUGCUAGGGAGGAGAGGGGAGACAAGAGGGAGGUGAAGAGUUCGUUGGGGUGUUUUGUGCAGGCUCCGCAUUACAUGAGGAUUUAUGAGAUGUUGAAAGCUGCCUUUUCGAAUUAUAAGAUGUCUUUGGAUUCGGACUCUUCUGGAAAAUUCCUGGAACUACUCACCACGACUCUUCAUUCAUUGUCCGUCCUCAUGGAGGUGGGAUCCAUGAUGGAGUUCGAAAGAAUCGCCGAGGACAUUCUAGGUUACUUCCGGUCCACUUUCGUGAUAGAAGCAGCUGCCACUGUGGAGUGCGUCCAACAGCUAUUGAAAUGUCUUUUCAGUACCAAUUUGACAGCGAACGUCAACGAAUUCACUACGAAAAACGUCACAGAAGAGGAAUGGGAAGGCGGGUUCUACUACAACGUGUUCCAGAAGCCCUACAACUUGAUCUCGAAGCAAACAGAGGCUCUGAAUAAUAUCGGCAGGCACGAUUUCGAUGACGACAGUACCGUUAUGGGGUACCUGCACAGAAAAGACGUCAAACCGAGGCCGGUCGUAUUGUCUAGAAGUUCUGAUAAGGUUUUGGCGAACUAUAUCAGAAUUUUCGAGCCGAUGGUCAUAAAAUCUCUCAAGCAAUACACGAUAAGCAGCGAUGUAAAGUUGCAAUGUCAAGUUUUGCAAUUGCUGUGCCAGCUAGUACAACUCCGAGUAAACUAUUGUUUGUUAGAUUCGGAACAAGUUUUUAUAGGAUUUGUGCUCAAGCAGUUUGAGUUUAUAGAGGAAGGUCAAAUAAUGUCGGCGGAACAACUCAUAAGAAAAAUAUUCCAAUUCCUGGUGCAGCUCUCUUACAGCAAGCACCACUCAAAGUGUAUAAUCGAAGUACCGAAAAUCAUCAAUCUCUGCGAUGGUUUGAUGGCCAGCGGUCAGCCAUCUUCGACGCACUGUAUACCCGCUUUAGAACCUAUUGUCGAAGACGUUUUUCUCACAAGAAACAAGUCUAAUACCAGUGAUGUCAAGGAAUUAGAAACAACCCGAGAAGUUGUCCUUGCCAUGUUACUACGACUUUGCGAUAACAGGCAAGUACUGGAUUUGGUAACGUUGAUUUUGGAGGACAGCAAAUAUUGUACGGACAACACUGAAAAAUGGUUGGAAUGGUCCAAGAGGGUGUUUGGAGUGGUGUUACCAUUGCUCAAGCAAAAUAAACUGCAAUUAGAUCACCCUGACGCUUUAAGUUCCAUGAGGCGAUUUGUUUUGGCAUUGAAUCCCGAAGUUUUCAAGCCUUUUGAUGCAAUCAUCAUCAUGUUUUUCCAAGAACCACCUUCAUUGGAAGGCGAACUGAAAACAUUCAACAAUUGGCUAUCAAAAAUCCUGAUUAUUCUUCUUAUCGUCACGCCUCUUAGAGAAGAAUUACUAUUAUCGAAAAUCAACAAGCUGAAAUCCGAAUUUUCUCCCGGCAGCAUCUUCGAAAAUGUCACAACCAAAGCAGAUCCCCUCAAUGUAAAUAAUAACGCAGACACUUUCCAAAAAAUACCCGCCGAACUUGUUUUCAUACGAUUUUUGUUCAGGGUUGUGUCAGUGACGUCGAAAAUGUGCUUGGAAGUCGUCAGACAUGAAAAGGAAACGUUUAUUUUUGAUCAGUCCUUCGGAUUUCUGAUGCAUUGUUUGUAUAUAUUUCAAGCUGGUAACCAUUGUAGGUUGACGAAUGCGGCAGUAAGUGUGAUAAACAAAAACAUUCCAUUUGAUGAGAAUAAUGUGAUACAGUUGGACGAUAUCAACCAUAAUUUUGUCAGUCUAGCUGCUUUUCAUCCUAUUUUGACUUCGGGAUGGUGCAAUUUAUUGACCAUAUUGAAUUUUAAUAGCAAACAAUUUUGGUCCACAGUUCUCAAAGACGACGAUAGUCGACAUUCCAUUAAUAUGAAAAUAAUGAGGGUCGGAGGUGCAAUUUCAUUUUGUGAUUAUUUGAGUGAACAUAUGGCGGACCUCGAAAAUUUAAUUUGGUUUUUGAAAAAUUGUUCAUCAUUUUUGGUGGAAUUGUCAGCUGAACCACCAGUCUCGGAAUUCAUCUCUUCCAUACAUAGAAACUCUUCAACUAGCAAGAUUUUUUUGGAAAGUGUAUCGACAAAUGUCAAUACUCACAAAUCUGCCGUGUAUAAAGUGAAGUUACUAAAGUGUAUCGAAAACUGUCACUCUUCACAAAUAGGGUUAGUUUUGAACUUACUGAUUCCCGAUUUUUUAAAAUUUCACCAAGCCGUUGUAUCACGGAUGGCGGCUACAUUGGCAAGCAGAAAAAUCGAAAUGUUACUCACCAUGCCCAUGGAAGAUGUCAAUGGCCAGUUGACCAAAGAAAACUUGAACCGGAUAUUGCACUCCUUAGUUACUUUGAAUCUAGUCAAAAAGCAUGAAACUCUAGUGAGCCUCCUUAACAAACUGUCAGUCCAGUACUACGACCUAACUCCCAUAGAGUUCGAACAACGUCGUGUGGUCAACCCCGAGUACAUAAAAAAACUGAAAAUCAACAAGAAAUGGUACUUGUCGCAAAUAGAGACGAAAUACAGCGACCCUACAAUAGCAAAAGAAACGGCCCAACUACUCGAUAAACUCGAAUACAGCGAAAUAUUGAGUUGCAUGUCGAGCAGCGCGUUCAACAAGUCCUGCUUGAGAAAUUGUUUGAGGUUAGGACUGACAAAUGUGCGAAAACAAGCAAAGUCCGACCUUGUGAGAGCCAGUACUGAGUGUUUGGUGAAGGAUAUCGCCAGUUUGGUAGCUAAAAUGCCAUGUCCACAUCAGGUGAUUUAUCCUAUAGGUAGGCAAGAAUCUCCAGCAGAAACAAUCUACAAACACGAACUAAUAUCUCUUUUCGAGAACCAAAACUACUCAGAACUCCUCUGCAACAUAGCAAUAUGCAUUCCGGCAUUCCUCAACUGCCUAGAGGGCGCCAGUAACGAACUCUCCCAAAACAAUUACGAGGAACUCAUGAUGUUCGGCGUCGCCUGUCUGGAAUACCUAACCUAUCUGUCGGUCACGUGUGAUGGUGACGUUAAAGUGCAUCUGGUCGACGCUCUCUUGACGGCGAGCGAUCUCAUCGCGAGGAACGCCCACGUUGCCGGUCUGUUGGGCUCGGAGGGUCACGUGACCAAGCUGUGUUCGGGCGCCAACAACUUGUUUAGGCUCAUUGACAGUCAGUUGAAAGAUGACAGACCUCUACCGACCAUCCCGUUAUACGCUUUGUCAGACUCGCUGGCCAACGAAGAUAGUUUGGCGGCGGGACAAGCUGCCAAUCAACUGUACACUCUCUCUUGUUGGCUUUUCGAGCUACGCGGAGUCAAUUCUACGAGCAUACCGGACUUUCUGUUCGCCAAGAUGAAAAGUUUGACGGUCUGUUUGUGCAGAUCGCCACUGGUGAAUUCUUACGUUCUGGUGCCCAACAGGGGUUGGAAAACGGGGUGGCUGCCCGAAACGGUUUCGGGUUGGUUCAAGACCGUGGUGCCUUCAUUGCCCAUCGAGUUGCUGAAAGAGAUUGAUAUUCUGGAAGAGUAUAUUUUCAGAAUCAAUUUAUUGGGGUGGACAUCCAGGCAACAAUUCGAAGAAACGUGGAUGUGCCUUUUGAGCGUACUUUGCGUCCCUCUAGACGAUUUAGACGUUCUGGACUUCAAUGACCUAGUACAUGCUUCGUCUUUGGCCAUCAAGGCCAUAACAGCACUUUUACUGGAAACUCUCAGUUGUCCUAUACCGGGAAAUCCGAAUGUUUCCGACCUAAGGCACAUUUCCAGAAAUUUUCCGAUAAGCGUUGAAGAUUUAGGGGUAUCUAAAUUGAAAAAUAUCCAGGAUAGCAUUCAACUCAGUUACAGUUCCUCGGACGUCAAUGUACACUCUAAUGUAACUAACGUUUUCAAAAAUCGUAAUUUUGAAAAAAUAAGCGAUACGUUUACAUAUGGACAGGUAUCUAUUCAGUACUUCAUGAUAGCGACUGGAGAUUUCAAAGAAUAUGAGGAAAAUUUCGCAGUUAGUGAGAUAUGUCAAAAAAGGAGGAAAAUGCUGAAAGACAGUGGUUUGGAUAUCAACUCUUGCUUGCAGUUUUUGAUUGAUUACUAUACUCAACUCAUGAAACCACAGUCAAAUACUCAUAUUCGGGUUCUCCAUGAAGCAGUCAGAUCGACAGUCAUGAUUUCUGAUCUUUUCAUGGACAAAUCACAGUUUUCCUGGAUGAUGGAAGUAUUUUUGGAACUGUCAAAAUUACAUCUCGUAGAAGAUGAAUUUUUACAUCAAUUUUUGAUUGUAGGGAUAUGUAAAGCUGUGGCCGUUUUAACACCAGAUUUAGAAAUUUACGAGCAAGUCAAAAAGAUGUUGAUGCAAUUUCUCAAAAGUCCUUAUUUGACAUCAAGAUUUGCUUGUUUGUAUGGGGCGUUAUAUGUCUUGGAAGGUUCCAAAUUGAGUAACAUCAAAAUAGGUACAAUUUCAGAAGAAAUGCAACUUAUAUUACCUUGCAUGAUUGAAUAUGUUCAACUCAACCUCAACACAACAAAUAGUGUUCUGAAGAAAUCCCAGGAACAUUCAAAUCUCGUGUGGUCUCUAGCAUUCUAUUUGAUAGAAAACAUAGAGGAAAUUCACAUGGAACAAAACUUUGUAGCCAAUACUUUGAAUACUGCAUUUUCUUCACUGAAAGAGAACUCUAAUACCUAUUUACAUAAUCGAUUGACAAAGAAUCUUGAAAGACUGUUUAUUACAAAGAAAUCUAUAAUGAUGGAACACUUUUCGAAACCCUUCUUGAAACUUGCACUGGAGAAAAUGAGAAGCGACAACCCUGUAACAGCUUUACUGGGGACACAAUUACUCAUAACCUAUAUGUAUACAGAUUGUGCGAAUCACUUGCAAAACCCACAAAAUUCGGCCAACACACCAACUAGUCCCGACCACCUAGUACAAACUAUCGAGAAAAUUUCGGCCAUUUUCGAACGUAUCAAGAGAGGUUAUACCAGCGAAGUGGAAAUAUUGUGUGCUGUACUACCAGAUAUACUGAACGAUUUUUUUUCAUCCGCAGACAUACUCACCAAAGUUAUAGGAGAAUUUCUGUCUGCUCAGCAACCUCACCCCAAGUUACUCAGUAAAGUUGUGUUCCAGGUGUUCGAGAGUGCAAUCCAUCAAAACCAACUCGCCCUCUUGCAGGACUGGGUGGUCUUCAGCCUGCCCAACUUCACCCAGUCCUUCUCCAUAGGCAUGGCCACGUGGUGCCUCACUUGCUUCUUUGUCAGCGCCAGCACCAAUAGCUGGUUGCGGGCCUAUUUCUCAUACGUUCAAACGCGCGUCGGCAGAUACGAGUACGAGGAUAGGAAGAUGUUGUGUAUAGCCGGAGCCGAUUUUUACGGCAACUUGGCCAAUGAUAGUCAGAGACGGAUGUUUGUCGAUAAUUUCGAGAAGGUCAAAGACCAGCCUGAUACUCCCUUCAACGAUUUGUUGCUGUCUUUGUAGUUUGUAGAUAAGUUUUACAGUUGUUGAAUAUUUUUGACGUGUGAUUUUCGGGAAUUUAUUGUAUAAAUCUAUUUGUAAAUAAAUGUUUUGAAAAUACGUU